AUGAGCGACGAACUGAACCGGUUUUGGGACAAUUCAUUGAAGCCAUAUCGCAACGUUCGGGGCCCGUUUGAUGAAAGCCCCCAGGUCCCGUUCCUGGCAAACCUCUCGACAGACACCAAAGCGACCGUGUCGAGCUACAAACAUGCAUUCGACAUGGAGUCCCUGUUGUCGACGCAGUUUUCAAAGGAAUCGUUGGAGCCCAUGGCAUUCCACCCGCACAAUAUGCACCACGUCCUCAACCAUUUCCCCGAACUCAAUCCCAUGGACGGAUCGUUCCUUCGCAGCGCCUUUGAAAACAUAGACGUUCUUCCCAACACGCUGACCCCGCAAAACCUGCCCUCACAACACCACUAUUCGCCCCCCACGGCCCUCUCUACCAUGACGGGUGCUGCGUUGUUGGGGCAGACAUCCCCACAGUUGAAAGGCCACAAUAGCCCCGACGUUCCCCAAGGAUUGACCGGUAAGCAAGGGAUUUGUCAAGUCCCCGAUUGCGGUCGGCGCGUCCGGUCCAAGGGAUUCUGCAAAGCUCACGGCGGCGGGCGCAAAUGUACCCUCCAAGGGUGCAACAAAUCUGCUCAAAACGGAGAGUUCUGCAUUGGGCACGGAGGCGGGAAGCAGUGCACGCACCCUGGGUGCCCAAAAGCCGCACAGUCCCAUGGAUUAUGCAAGGCCCACGGUGGCGGUGCUCGGUGCAAGCACCCGGAUUGCAUGAAGAGCAGUCAGGGCGGAGGGUACUGCCGAGCACACGGCGGGGGAAAGCGAUGCCAAGCCGAGAACUGCACGAAAGGAGCCCAACGGGGCAACUUUUGCGCAACCCACGGCGGGUUUCGCAACUGCCAAAUCGACGGCUGCGUGCGCACAGACAGGGGCGGUGGGUACUGCGAAGUCCACCGUCGCGACAAACUGUGCACCGUCAAUGGUUGCAAGAAGCUGUCGAAAAACAACGGCUUGUGCACUGUGCACUUGCGUCGGUCCGAUAAGGACACGAAAAAGCAAGUCAAGGGCCUCACGACGGCAGUCCCUGGGGAUUAUUCAUUGCCGGGGGGGAUGCUUGUAAUUUAA